AUGGAUAAAGCUUUAGAAUCACAACGAACAAGUGUUUUAAAGUAUUAUAACAAAAGUGAAAAAGAUGUUGAAAGUGACGUGAAUAUAGUUCUAGCAUCUUUGGAAAAACAAGCGCAUUUUCCAAAAAUUAAAGAUGAAAAUGAAUUCAGAAAAAAAGUGGAAGCAUUUCUCGUAUUUAAUAAAUUUUCUAUUGAAAAAACAAAAAAAAAUUUAGAUUUAUGUUAUAUGUAUCGAAAUGUUUAUCCAGAUUAUUUUGAUAACUGGGAUCCAUGUAGUCCUGAAAUGGAAAAAGCCUUCACAGAAUAUCGAUGUGUACCACUUCCACAACUUACAAAGGACUUAAAUCGUAUCACGUACUUUGAUUUAACAGAUAAAUUGGGUGACAAUUUUGAUUUAUUUACGUAUUUUAAAAUAUAUGUAAUGUCUCUUGAAAGUCGAAUCCCAUAUGAUCGAAACACAGGAGAAAUUUGUAUUAUUGACAGUUCAAGAGCUAAUUUGAACUUGUUCAAGCAAACAACACCAACUUUGCUAAAAAAAUGUUUGGAUGUUAAUCUUAAAGGUUAUAGUCUACGGCUUGCUGGACUACAUUUUCUACACCCACAUCCAGCUGGAAUGUUUAUUAUGGGCAUAUUAAAAGCUUUAAUGAAGCCAAAAUUAUAUGAACGCAUUCAUUUACAUUAUGACUUAGAAUCAUUACAUAAAUUCGUCCCAAAAGAAUUGUUACCGAAAGAUGUGGGUGGAGAUUUACCUGAAUUGCAAACACUAACAGAUGAGUGGUAUGAUGUAUUAAGAAAAAAUCGUGAUAAUUUAAUAGAACUGUCUAAAAUGCGCACAGACGAAUCAAAACGAAUUGACAAAUUAAAUGAUGAUGAAUAUUUUGGAUCAAUGCAUGGAUCAUUUAAAAAAUUAGAUGUUGACUAAUAUUUACACUCAAAAAGUAUUAUUUGUGGAUUUAUUUCAACUAAUUACCGAUGUAUCGUUUCUUACACUAAACAGUAAAAAAUUGUUUUUUUA